CCCAAUUGACUUCCGGUUCUAGGUGUCAUGGCCGCCAAGACAACCUAGUACGAACCUGGCGUCUGUGGUGGGGAGGGUCGGAGGCCCACACCCAGAAUCGUGUCGGGGUAAAGUUGUGUCUCGGCUGUAGAAGUGACAGUUUCUCCAAUUGCUCGGUGAUGGCGGCGUCCGGGAGUAGCAUGGCCCAGAAAACUUGGGAAUUGGCCAACAAUAUGCAGGAAGCCCAGAGUAUCGAUGAAAUCUACAAAUACGACAAGAAACAGCAACAAGAAAUCCUGGCGGCGAAGCCCUGGACUAAGGAGUGAGGAGUCACCACUACUUUAAGUACUGUAAAAUCUCAGCAUUGGCCUUACUGAAAAUGGUGAUGCAUGCCAGAUCUGGAGGCAACUUGGAAGUGAUGGGUCUGAUGCUGGGAAAGGUGGAUGGUGAAACCAUGAUCAUUAUGGACAGUUUUGCUUUGCCUGUAGAGGGCACUGAAACCCGAGUAAACGCUCAGGCCGCCGCGUAUGAGUACAUGGCUGCGUAUAUAGAAAACGCCAAACAGGUUGGCCGCCUUGAAAAUGCAAUUGGCUGGUAUCAUAGCCACCCUGGUUAUGGCUGCUGGCUUUCUGGGAUUGAUGUUAGUACUCAGAUGCUCAACCAGCAGUUCCAGGAACCAUUCGUGGCAGUAGUUAUUGAUCCAACAAGAACAAUAUCUGCAGGGAAAGUCAACCUUGGGGCUUUUAGGACAUACCCAAAGGGUUACAAACCUCCUGAUGAAGGACCUUCUGAAUACCAAACCAUCCCACUUAAUAAAAUAGAAGACUUUGGUGUACACUGCAAACAAUAUUAUGCCUUAGAAGUGUCAUACUUCAAAUCUUCUUUGGAUCGAAAAUUGCUUGAGCUUUUGUGGAAUAAAUACUGGGUGAAUACACUGAGUUCUUCUAGCUUGCUUACUAAUGCAGACUACACCACAGGUCAGGUCUUUGAUUUGUCUGAAAAGUUAGAGCAGUCAGAAGCUCAACUGGGACGAGGAAGUUUUAUGUUGGGGUUAGAAACACAUGACCGUAAGUCAGAAGACAAACUUGCCAAAGCUACACGGGACAGCUGUAAGACUACCAUAGAAGCUAUCCAUGGAUUGAUGUCUCAGGUUAUUAAGGAUAAACUGUUUAAUCAAAUUAACAUCGCUUAGACAUGCUUUUGCCUGAAUGCCAGUAUGAGAAAAAUGUUCAAGUAACACUUUAAAACCAGUUAUCAAAAGUCUGAUUUGAAGUAUAAGGUGCUCUGAAGUGUUUUGAAUAGUAACAUCCUGUAAUAAAACUCUUUAAAAUGAAA